AUGUCGAAUAUACCAACGCCUGAGGUGACUCCAGACACACCACCAGUGGAAAUAAAUAAAUUUAACUGGCUGAAACACGCGAAAAAUGCCCGGAGAAAUCCCUUUGUUCAAGCCAGGCCGACCCUCACGAGGGAAAGUUCCAGUUCGGAACUGUUUUCAAGGGAAAACUCGAGCGCAGAUCUUUUUCAAAAUUCACGACUGAAUCUCUUCGAAAGUGCGCCGAAACCGGAAAGUACCAGUUAUAGCAAGGGUCUUACCUUCGCAGCAUGGCACCAACGGACGAAAUUGGAGAAAGUAUUGCUCGUCACAUGCUGUGCACUGAUGCUGAUGGUGGUACUUACCACUACACUGUUGGUCAGCCUGGAAACCACACCAACAGAACCUGCUGAAAACACCGAAGAUCACACCCUGUGCCUGUCUGGCACCUGUAUCUACACUGCUAGCGAGGUCAUAAAAGGUCUCGAUGAAACAAUAAACCCGUGUGAAGACUUCUAUGAGUUCGCAUGUGGGGGCUGGAUCAAGAACAACCCCAUUCCAGAAGGAAAGUCGAAUUGGGGGAUAUUCAGCCAGAUUGAACUUCAGAACCAGCUGAUUAUAAAGACCGCUAUGGGGAAAGUGGAUACCAGUGACGGCGGUGCCGAAGCCAAAGCUCGGGUUUACUACGACGCCUGUGUUGAUACAAAUGAGACGAUUGAGAAACUUGGUGAAAAACCGCUGAUUGGUAUAAUAAAGAGACUGGGAGGCUGGCAUAUUCUACCCAACACACUUGUGAAAACACAGAAAUGGGACCUGCAGAAACUCCUUCAGGAUGUUCAGAAUAAAUACAAUUUGGGAGGUCUAUUCAACUGGGCAGUGACGGAAGAUGAUAGAAAUUCAACCAAACAUGUGAUUGUGCUUGAUCAAGGCGGCCUUAAUCUUCCUACACGCGACAAUUACCUCAACAAAACUGCGCAUAAAAAGGUGUUAGACGCAUACUUAGACUACAUGACUCGAAUAACCGUACUCCUCGGCGCCAACAAGACAGAUGCCCGUGCGCAGAUGAGCAAAGUUAUUCAGUUUGAGACCGAAUUAGCUAAUAUAACUACUCCAUCUGAGGAUAGAAGAGAUGAAGAAGGAUUAUACAAUCCAUAUACCAUCAGACAGUGGCAGAAGGAGGCGCCAUUUUUAAAUUGGAGUAUGUUCUUUAAUGACGCGUUUAAGUUGGUUAAUAGGACGAUCUAUGACGACGAGAGAAUUGUGGUGUAUGCUCCCGAGUACUUUAGGAAUUUAACCAGAGUUCUUAGAAAAUUUAGUAAAUCCGAAGAGGACCAAAGAACUUUAACGAGUUAUAUGAUGUGGCAAGUGUCGCGGUCCCUAUCAAGCUACUUAUCGAAGCCCUUUCGUGACGCAUCCAAGAUAUUGAGGAAGGCUUUACUUGGCUCUGAAGGCACUGAGGAAUCCUGGCGAUACUGUGUUACGGAUACCAAUAAUGCUAUAGGGUUUGCUGUAGGUGCAAUGUUCGUUCGCGAAGUAUUUCACGUGGCAGCCAAGGUGGAGGGUGAAAUUAUGAUAGACAACAUUCGAGCUGCAUUUAAGAAAAAUCUUAAGAAAUUGGAUUGGAUGGACUCGGAAACUAGGGAUGCUGCUCAGAGUAAAGCCGACGCUAUUACGGAUAUGAUAGGAUUUCCUGACUACAUACUUGAUAAGGGUGAACUAGAUAAGCAAUAUGAAGACCUAGUCGUAAAACCGAACGAAUAUUUUGAGAAUAACAUUGCAUUUAAUACAUACUCACUCAAACAUGACCUACAGAAACUUGAUCUGCCAGUAAAUAAGACUUAUUGGGGCAUGACUCCAUCCACAGUAAACGCAUAUUACACUCCUACGAAGAAUCAAAUAGUGUUUCCAGCGGGCAUCUUGCAAGCACCGUUUUAUGAUGAAAAUAAUCCUAAGUGCGUCAACUAUGGCGCUAUGGGCGUGGUCAUGGGACAUGAACUGACACAUGCCUUUGAUGACCAGGGACGGGAAUAUGACAGGUUUGGAAACCUCAACCAGUGGUGGAACAACAAAACAAUCGCGCAGUUUAAAAAUCGCGCCACCUGCAUACAGAGGCAGUAUUCUACUUAUCAUGCUGAAGGACAGCAUCUUAACGGGAAACAAACUUUGGGUGAAAAUAUAGCAGACAACGGCGGAUUAAAGGCGUCCUAUCACGCAUACUUGGAAUACAGCAAGAGAGAUGCGAGCCAGAAUUAUACUCUACCCGGCCUCAAAUAUACCCAUAGACAACUUUUUUUCAUAUCAUUUGCACAGGUUUGGUGCUCUGCAAUGACAAAGGAGUCUACAAAAAUGCAAAUUGAAAAAGAUGAUCAUACAGUAGCAAAAUAUCGAGUUAUUGGACCAAUAUCAAAUCUUCCAGAGUUUUCCAAAGAAUUCAACUGUCCUUUGGGAUCACCCAUGAACCCUAAGUAUAAGUGUGAAGUAUGGUAA